AUGGAGAACUUAAUUCCUGUUCUGAAUAAGCUUCAAGAUACAUUCACUAAAAUCGGAGAGAAAUCUAUUGAUCUUCCACAAAUCGUUGUCGUUGGUUGUCAGUCUUCAGGUAAAUCUUCAGUUCUUGAAUCUCUUGUCCAGAAGGACUUCCUUCCAAGAGGCUCUGGCAUAGUCACAAGAAGACCGCUUAACUUGCAACUUAUUCACUAUGAAUCUAAGACAUCUCCAAGAGAGUAUGGUGUCUUUCUUCAUAAACCCGACGUAAAAUACACACUUUUCGAUGAAAUAUCAAAAGAAAUUGUCGCCGAAACAGAAAGACUCUGUGGUGAGAACGGUAUCAGCGAUGAUGCCAUCGGCCUCAAGAUUUAUUCUCCGACAGUUCCAGAUUUAACUCUUGUCGAUCUUCCAGGUCUUACAAAAGUUGCCACUGAAGGUCAGCCACACGAUCUUCCUCAAAAAAUCAGAGCAAUGGUAAUGAAAUACAUCCAGCCAGAAAACUCCAUUAUUCUUGCUAUUACACCUGCUAACAUGGAUCUUGCCAACUCAGAUUCACUUGUUAUUGCUCGUGAAGUCGAUCCAUCAGGCCAAAGAACAAUUGGUGUCUUGACAAAGAUUGAUAUCAUGGAUCAAGGCACAGAUUGCAUGGAUAUUCUCCAGAACAAGGUUUAUCCAUUGAAGCUCGGUUACAUCGGUGUCAUUAACCGUUCACAAAAGGAUAUUAAUGAUCAUAAGCCAAUGGAAAAGGUUAUUGAGAGCGAAAGACGUUUCUUCGUUACAUCACCCAUCUACCGUGAUAUCGCCGAGUACUGCGGAUACCCAUACCUUUCCCUUACUUUGAAUCGCAUUUUGAUUGAACAUAUCAAGAACAGACUUCCAAACGUUCACAGCCAGAUCAGCGAACUUCUCCGCCGUAAGAACAACGAAUUGGCUAACUACGGUGAGUCAAUCGGUGCAACAACGAAGGAGAAACAGAUUACUAUCUACCAUAUCAUCGAAUCAUACCUCGAAAGCUUCUCCAGAAUACUUCUUGGUAAGGCCGACUUGCCAAUGCAGAGCAUAGAAGGAGGUGCAACUUUAAUGACAUAUCUUACCAUCGAUUUCCCAAAGAUUAUCAAGUCUAGAGACCUUUCUUUACCAUUCUCCAACGAGGAGAUCGACAAGAUUAUCGAAAUUAAUACUGGUGUCCAGCCACCUUUGUUCUUCCCUGAAUCUUCCUUCUUUAUUUUACUCCGCGAUACAAUCGAGAAGCUCCGCUCUCCAUGCCUCGACGCCUGCGAAAUUAUCCAGCACCGUAUCGAUGAUAUCCACUCUAAGAUCGAUAUCCCAGAACUCAAUCGUUUCCCAAAGGUCAAAGCAGCUCUUGCCGAUGAACUUUCGAACAUAUCUAAGCAGCAGCUCGAAGCAUGCCAGCAAUACAUCAAUACUUACAUCGACAUCCAGAAAUCUUGGGUUAAUACAAGUAACCCUAAGCUUUCUAGGGCCAAGCUCGACUCCAUCACAGAGGAAUACAACCAAAAGGCUGAACUCCUCAGGAAACUCGCUGAUAACUACCUCGGAACAAUCAAAACUGAAGUUUCCGACGAAAUUCCAAAGAUCAUCCACAAGAUGAUGAUCAACAACGCUGUCGAGACAUACAGAGUUACCCUCUUCAGAUCCCUCGUCACUCAUCCUGAUGUUUCUGAAGAUCCCGAUAUCGCACAGAGAAGAGCUAAGUGCGUCGCACUCAUCAAUGCCCUUAAGGAGGCUUACUCCACAAUCAACGAAAUCAGAAUGAUUCAUGUUUAA